UGUUUUUCUUCAGUUGUUAGUAAAUAAUGACGUAUUUGACAAAAAGAAUAAUUAACAAUCAAAAUUUCUGAAGUAAAAAAAUGUGCUCUAUUUUCCAAAGUCAAAGUGUGAUAUUCCAACUUUAAAGCAUAAAGUUUAUCAAAACUAGGCUAUGGCAACAAAACCUGAGAUAAAAACUAGUCCUAAAAAGCCUAAGAAGAAGAAAGAGAAUGAUAAUACUGUUGAUAUAAAACGUGGAACAUGUUCAUCUAACUGGCAAAACUUUCAAUCAAAAAAAUUAAAAACAGAAUCAACAAUGUUUGGAACUUCUUCAACACAAUCGUCAAAUACGUCAAAAAAAAUCAACCUAAUCGAAACUGCAAACAAGAUACGAGAAAAAGAAAAUUUUACACGAAAACCUAAAGUGUAUAUAAUGCCAGGCUGUAUAUCAGGAAUGCAACUUACAACUUCAAAACCAGAUUUGAAGACAUCUUUAAGCAAUACUUCAAGUAAAGAGUCUAAAUCACCAGUCGCUAAACGACGUGCGAGAGUGCAGAGUAAACGAAACCAGAUCAAUGCUGCUGCAAUCCCUUUCAUACCACGUCACACCCCAACAAACACUGUCGACUCAUCGUCAAUUCCAUUUGCCAACAUGUCAUUAUGUCACUCGGACGAACGGCUCAAGAACGAUGUACCAGGAACCGUAUACUAUAAGACCCUGCCACAGCCAACACACAUAAUGCCUAAUGUCACACGCGUUGUCACCAACACCCAAUUCAAAAUACCGGCCCAUUUAAGAACGUACAUGUGUCGAACGACAUUCCAAGUACCAUUUAUGUCAACCACAAAUCUAGCGGUCAACGAUUUAAUGUUCUUACGACAACCGGGUGUUAUUGGGAGUGUGGGAGUAUGGCCUGUUAUCAACGAAGAUGUUUGUGUGGGCAUGGAUUGUGAAAUGGUAGGUGUUGGAACGGGCCGUGAAAGUAUGUUGGCACGAGUCUCGUUGGUCAACAUGUCUGGAGAAUGUAUUUAUGACACAUUUGUGUACCCACAAGUUCAGGUUGUUGAUUUUCGAACGUCAGUGUCGGGUGUUCGACCUAAUGAUAUAAAUUUUGGGGCUGAUUUUCAUACCGUUCGGCAAGUUGUUGCUACUUUAAUACACAAUCGAAUAUUAGUUGGACAUGCCUUAAAAAAUGACUUAGAAGUAUUAGGAUUAACCUUUCCAAAAAAAUAUAUACGAGACACGGCAUAUUAUGCACCAUUUAAAGAAAAACUGAAUACCAAUGGACCACCUAGUUUAAAACGUUUAGCCAAAGACAUAUUAAAUGUUUGCAUUCAAGAUGGCGAACAUAGUUCUAUUGAAGAUGCGCGCGCCGCCAUGCAACUAUAUGUUUUACAUCGUCAAGAAUGGGAGAAACAUUUAAGGACACGCCGUUAUAAUCAUCAUUAAAUCAUUUUAUUUUAAGCAAUUGCAAUAAAAAUCGGUUAUUACGACAUUUGAAGGGACAGCGGCAACAUCUUCUGAGAGAAAUGUUAAUGACACUUUCACUAGAAAAUUAUCUUUCUCCAAAAAAAUGAGAGUCUGGUCGUUAAAAGACAAGCUUGAAUAGCAAAAUGUCAGAUUGGGUGUCCUAACCUGACUUUUUGAAGUAAAUUUGAUGACACUUUCGCUAGAAAAUCAUCUUUCUUAAAAAAAAAAAAAAAUGAAAGUCUAGUCGUCAAAAGAUAAGCUUGAAUACCAAAGGGAGUCAGAUUCGACGUCGAUAUCGAUCUGUCGCUAUAAACGAUGUCGUUAUAACCAAUUUUUACUAUAUUUUUAUGUUAUGUUAGAUGUUUACCAUAAAAUUUCUCCGUAUUUUCCACAAAAAUUUAGAAAUGUUCUUUUUUUAUCUUACACACUACAAAAAAGUUAUAUCGUGUCCCAGUUUUUAAAAUUUCCCAA